AGUUCUACCUUGAGAGAGCAGUCAGCAAGCAACUUGCCUGGAUCCUGAACAGUCAACAUGAAGCUCUGCAUCGUGCUUUGCCUCGUGGCCGCCGCCUGCGCCAGCGAUGGUAACUACGGAGGAAGCUACGGCACCUACGACAACGUCGGCAGUGUUGAUGCCGGCGAACAGCACACCGGCUACGGACACACCUACGCCCCGGAGUUCUUCACCACGUCCGUGUACGGACCGAGGGCCGACGCCCGCGCUCACGGAUCCGGAUCAAAGCACGCCAGCGGCUCGUACGCGCGUGACGGCCAGGCGGCCGGCGCUGACUACGAGAAGGAUGAAGCCACGGCAGCAGAGACCGCCGCCAGGGCCAGAGGUUACGAGUACGGAUACAGAGAUGGAUACUCUUGGUAUCAGCCAAAGACCCUGUACGCCUUCCAGUACAAGCAGCCAAUCAUCGGAUACAGGCAGUUGUACGGACACCGUGUGAUCCGCCAGGGUGGAUAUGGAGGUGGAUACGGAGGAAACGGAGGUGGAUACGGAGGUGGAUACGGAGGAAACGUUGGUGGAUACGGAGGAAACGUUGGUGGAUACGGAGGCGGAUACGGAAACGGAGGCGGAUACGGAGGUGGAUACGGAGGCGGAUACGGAAACGGAGGCGGAUACGGAGGCGGAUACGGAAACGGAGGCGGAUACGGAAACGGAUAUGGUGGCAACGUGGGAUACGGUAGCAACCUGGGAUACGGUAGCAACCAAGGAUACGGUGGCAACCUCGGAUACGGUGGCAACCUGGGAUUCGGUGGCCGCAACGUCGGCAUCAGUGCAUCCUCUCCCAUCACGCACGGUCCCCGGUACAAUGCCGGAUACGCCAGCCACGGAAGCUACGGUGGGGCUAACCUCGGCUAUGGUAGCAACACCCUUGUCCAUUAGAGUUCACAGGGCGGUUUAAUAUGCUCGUGAUAUACUUGGAACGUUGAGCAUUGUGCUCACUUUAUGUCCGAUGGAUCGAUGUAGUUUAUAGAUGCGACUCACAUAAUAAGCUAAUCAAUAAUUUAUUAAAAUGAUGCCUACAGAUGCCACACGUGUAUUACCCAAUAAUGUUAUUAUUCGAUUCGACGUGAAUGAAAGCUCUUGUGUAUUUCUCUAUUCGUUGACGGUUUUGUAUGCUGUUAUUCCUGUUAUGCAAUAAACGAUGUUCAAUAUAAUUAUACGUA